AUGUCCGGGCAGGCGCUUCAGGUCAGAGAUGACCUGGAGCAGCUGCAAGGGAGCGCUUCCCUUGAGGACUGGACUGAUGCGCUGGCGUUGGUGAUGUCGAGAACGAUUUGCGAGGACCGCGAUGAAAGGCCUAUGCUGAUCAUGGGACUGGACCUUAUGCAGGCGGCAGAGGAUCCACUCGUAAAGAUAGAGCUGAACUACGGCAAGGAGGGAACAGUUAUGGGCCUGGGUGGCAAAGGGCCAGAGAAGCUGUUGGGCAUCAAGUUGAUUGCCCUCGAAGAUAUCGAGGCUGGCGUGGAGUUGACAACGGCCUACCUGCCAAAGCCGCAUGCAGGUGGCUACUUGGAGCGCUAUGGCUUCGUGCCCGGUUGGCUUCGAGGCGAGCUGUCUGAGUCCGCUGUCCAGCUCUCCAUCGCUCCAGCUGAAGAGGAGGAUGACUUCUUCGGCGUCAAGGAAAGCUGCCUCGAGGACUUGGGCUUGACGACAGCUCCUUUGAGCUUUGUCUUCAGCCUCAACGAAGGAAUCUUGGCCCCUCGCGAGAGCACCGAGUGGGAGCGGAAGUCUGAGAUUGAGAAGAUGGUCCAAGUGCUUCGCUUCAGCACUUGCAGUGGGUCCGACUCCUUCCUGCUGGAUGCUGUUUACAUUGAGAGGUUUUGGUACAACUGCAACUUCCGGCUUUCCAGGAAUAAUGAGAUUCUGGCGUGCCAAACCGCCAUGGCGGAGUGCGAUCGGUGGCUGGAGCGCUUUGAUGACUUGGAGGCACCGCGCAGCUACUUGAGCUGA